UUUGUGCUGAACAGCUGUUCGAUUUUCGCGGCAUUUCAUUAAAUAUUGCAAUUUUUGUUAAAAACAAUGGUUAAAACCAAAGGAAAUGCCAUGAAAUUUGGCAUGCAUCCGCGUAAUGUAUUGCGCCAGCCGCCGGAUUACACCAAACUGGCCAUUAAGUACAAGGACUUCCGGCAAGUGUGCCAAUUGGAGCUUACUGGCAAAGUCUCUGUGAAUUUUCGCAAUGAAAAGACGCUAAGGGAACUCACCAAGAUGCUGCUGAAGGAAUACUUUGACUUGGAUGUGAACUUUGCCCCAGGAAGUCUGGUGCCCACGUUGGCCCUGCGUUUGAAUUACAUUUUGUGGCUGGAGGAUUUGAUGGAACCGUUGAAAUUGAAGGAAAUAAGGGGAAUUGAUAUAGGAUGCGGUUCCUCUUGUAUAUACUCUCUGUUGGCUGCCAAGAAAAACGACUGGCACAUGCUGGCCCUGGAAUCAAAGCUCCAAAAUAUAGAAUACGCCCGGGAGAAUGUAAAAACAAACCAACUGGAAGCCCUAAUCGAUGUUUAUACCCAACCAGAUAAAAACAGCAUAUUCAAAAGCUACUUUCUGGAGAAGGAGCAGGAUAAAAACUUCCACUUUUGCCUGUGCAAUCCCCCAUUUUUCGAUUCCAACUUGCCCAAUCCCUUUGGGGGUAACACCAGGAAUCCAGAGCGACGUCCUGCACCCAACAAUGCCAGAACAGGCAGCCAGGAGGAGCUUACCUGCGUGGGCGGCGAGGUACAGUUCGUGCAGCGCAUCAUCGACGAGAGCCUGGAAAACCAGCAGCGCGUACGCAUCUUCACCACAAUGCUGGGCGUCAAGGCCAACGUGCCCAGGAUAUUGGACUAUCUGAAGGAGCGGCAGGUGGCGAAUGUCAGCACCACGGAAUUCCAUCAAGGACAUACCACGCGCUGGGCAGUGGCCUGGAGCUACCAUUCAGAGCCGCUAAGCCAGGCGGCUACGACAACUUCUAAUUAA